AUGAAUCACUCCAAUCUUGCAAUUCCAACCCUCUCCCUCACCGUAACCCUAAUCCCCAAACACCCAAUUCGUCAUCUCCCACCUCCAAUUCCUAGUCGGAACUUUGCAAGCCCUAGCCUUUUCUUUCCUCUCCGGCUUAAUGAGACUCCGCCUUGUCUCGCCGCGAAAAGGGUUGUUCGGGUUAGAGCCACCGUCGACGGUGACGGAAAAACCGGUAACUGGGUUAACCGGUUGCCGAUUCCAGGACUCGGAGCCGAAAAUGUCUUCAGAUUGAUUUCGAGCGCGACGGGAAGUCCCAUCGGACAGUUCAUAUCUUCCCCUGUCACAUUCUUACAUUCGGUUGAUCCCAGGAUCAAAUUGGUAUGGUUAUUAACUCUUGUAGUUCUUCCUGCAAGAGCGAAUAUAGUUGUUCGUUUAGGACUUGUUGUAUGCACAGCUCUUUUGUCAAUCUGUGUUCUUCCUAGGCAAGUGUGGAUGGAUCAAUUGGCGAGAGUGUCACUUCUUUCUGGAAUCCUCYUCAUAACUCUGGGGCUAGGUUCAGAUGGUGCACCCGCAAUGCUUCAAUCAAGAACCCCACCAUCUGCAGUCACAAGCAUGCCCAAUCUUCCCAUGUCUUUGAGCGGUUAUUCGUACAUGUUACUGAAGCUUGGGCCUUUGCAAUUCACAAGGAAAGGUUUGUCUGUUGGAAGCACAGCUGCAUGCUUAACCUUUAUUAUCUUCCAAAGUGCUAGUAUUUGCCUUGCAACCACAACACCAGAGCAACUUGCGCUAGCUCUGCGUUGGUUCUUGUUCCCGUUGACAUAUAUCGGUGUUCCAGUUGGUGAAAUUAUCCUCACACUCCUGCUUUCACUGAGAUUCAUCAAUUUGGUUUUCGAUGAGGUCAGAAGUGUUGCGCUGGGCAUUGUAUCCCGAAGAGUAAACUGGCAGCAGCUUACUGCUCUGGAGACACUUGAUAUUUUCGCUUCUUUCAUUCGCCGGAUCUUCAAGAAUAUAUUUCGCCAUGCCGAGCAAAUAUCGCAGGCUAUGAUUGUUAGAGGCUUCAAAGGAGAGAGCAGUAGCCACAAGAUCUACUUCUUCUCGGGUUCGUCAAAUAAGAUUGCAGAUUUUGCAUCAGUCUUGUGUUUAAUUGGUGUAAUCUCAACCGCACUCUUGUCCGAAUACUAUCUUGUCUAA